UGAGUGCCUGGAAGUGACUGCGGGAAGGGAGUACAAGUGACCACGCCUUUUCCGGAGUAUAAAAGCAGAGGUGCACUGGUUCUAGAUCCUUGAGGAAUCGCCACACUGCCUUCCACCCCCGCCAACAGUGUAAAAGCUGUGUAGCUUCUGGCUGUGUAGCUGCGAUUCUGGCUGUGUAGCUGCGGGAAGCUUUCCACGCGCGCGAGCUACGGGGACCAUUUCCGGACGAUUUCCGAUUGAGUUUGGCGCUUUUUACCCAAACUUCAGAGGGGCGAAGAGCCUCCACCCACCUCCCUUCUCAUGGGACUUUGCGGACAGAGCGCCCCGACCGCCUCGAGCGCUCUAGCAGGGCGCUAUCCAGGAGCCAGGACGGCGUCGGGAAAGUUUGUUGUCGUCAUCGUCGCAGUUCUGCUGCUGGUCCAAGUUGACUCUGCCACCAUCUCCCGGCAGGACGAAGUUCCCCUGCAGCCAGUGGCCUCACAGCAACAGAGGCGCAGCCUCGAGGAGUGUCCAGCAGGAUCUCAUAGAUCAGAACAUACUGGAGCCUGUAACCCGUGCACAGAGGGUGUGGAUUACACCAACGCUUCCAACAAUUUGCCUUCUUGCCUUCUAUGUACAGUUUGUAAAUCAGGUCAAACAAAUAAAAGUGCCUGCACCACGACCAGAGACACUGUGUGUCAAUGUGAAAAAGGAAGCUUCCAGGAUGAAAACUCCCCUGAGAUGUGCCGGAAGUGCAGCACAGGGUGUCCCAGAGGGAUGAUCAAGGUCAGUGAUUGUACGCCCUGGAGUGACAUCAACUGCAGUGCAUCAGCUGCCAGUUCCACUGAGAAAACCCCCGCAGCGGAGGACACAGUGCCCACCGGACUGGGGACUCCUGCCCUUUGCGGUCUCAUAGCUGGCAUCGUUACAGUCAUUCUGUUUGCGGCUGUGUUUGUUUACAUCUUACGUCAGAAGAAACUCAUUUCUUCACUGAAAGGCAUCUGCUCAGGUGGUGGAGGGGACCCCGAACGUGUGUGCAGAGUCUUUUUCUGGCGUUCACAUCCUUCACGAGUUCCUGGGACGGAGGACAAUGCCCGCAACGAGACCCUGAGUACCAGAUUCUUGCAGCCCAUCCAGGUCUCUGAGCAGGAAAUCGAAAGUCAGGAGCUGGCAGAGCCAACAGGUGUGACUGUACAGUCGCCAGAGGAGCCACAGCGUCUGCUGGAACAGGCAGAAGCUGAAGGGUGUCAGAGGAGGACGCUGCCGGUUCCAGUGAAGGACGCUGACCCCACUGAGAUCAACACCUUGCUGGAUCCCUCGGCAACACUGGAGGAAGGACAUGCAAAGGAAACAAUUCAGGACCACAUGGUGGACUCCGAGAAGCUCUUUUAUGAAGAAGAUGAUGCAGGCUUUGCUACGUCCUCCCUGUGAAAGAAUCUCUUCAGGAAACCAGAGCUUUCCUCGUUUACCUUUUCUUCUAGAAGGGGAAGCAGCCUGGAAGAGACAGUCCAGUACUUGAACCAUGCCUCAACUAACUCUGCUAUCUAAUAUGGUAAUAUGGUGCAGCUUACCAAAGGUCCUAGAACUUGGUCAAUGCACUUGAAGUAAUUUUUAUGAAAUACUGCGUGUGAUAAG